AUGUCUGCUCUCGAGUCGAAGCCGAGCCUAGACGAUAGCUAUAUGCUCCCAGCGUCCGAAAGCGAGGCGAGUACGUCCAUACAGAUCGAGCCGACCUCAGCCGAGCCGCAAAAGCUACCUAUUCGAAGCUCAUUCGAGUACGGUGAGGAAGUGGCGGAAGAUGAGGGUCUGCUGUCGGGCAAAGGGAUGCCUCCUUGGCUCGCUGGCCAGAAGCGCGCACGUCUGCCAUCCGUUGCAGUCAUCGCAAGCGCAAUCCUGGGAGCCAUUUUGCUGCUUUUGCUCAUCCUCGCCCUUACAGCUGGCUACCGCUUCGAGCGACCUAGUCGUCUCAGGGGAUACAACCCCACAUCGGGAAAUGAUCUCAAGCUAUCUGGAGAAGAUCUUGGCUGGAACAUCAGUCUGAGUGAUGAGAUUCUCGCUCAAAGAUCAAUGAAAGAGCGAGAGUGCCUCAUGGCAUUCCCUCUCAAUCUGCCCGAAAUCAAGCAGGCUGUCGAAUGGACCAAAUCGCUCGGUGGUGUCACAUUGAGCGAUGUCGAGCAUUCAGGCGAGAUCUGGCACGCGCGUCUCAUGAUCAAGGAUGGUCGCUUGUUCGUCAAACGCUUCAGGCCUGCAUAUCAGUCGCGAUGUCAGGCAGUCAUGGCCGCAAUUCACGACGCCAUCAUCACUUCGCUCGAGCCGGUGCCAGAUAUCGAGUUCGUCAUCGGCUUGGACGACACCGCUCCGUUCGAGCCUGCCACUUGGGGUCUGGCUCGCCGGCUCGACUUGCCUGCCUGGCUGGUCAUCGACUAUGGCUUCAACGCUUGGCCGGAGCCCAUGAUCAAGGGUUGGCACACGUUCUUGGCAGAUGUCAAAUCUGUCAACGCCCAGAUGACAUGGCGUCAAAAGGCAAAGAAACUCUUUUGGCGUGGCGUCUAUCUGUCCGAAUAUCGCGAACAGCUCAGAGAUCACACCGUCAAUGAGUCUUGGGCAGACAUUGCUGCCGUCGAUUGGGGCAGACCGGAGGAGACUCGAGUGAGCAUGAGUCAUCAUUCGCGCUUCGCAUAUGUUGCAGCCACUGAGGGUGGCGACGCUUACUCGGGUCGUCUCAAAUACUUGCUCAGCACGCAGUCGACAGUGGUAUCCCAUCCAUUGAGGUGGCAGCAGCACUUUCACCCUGCCCUCAAUGGCAACGAAUCCUCUCCAGACCAGAACAUUGCCUACACAAAAGAUGGCUACAAUGAUAUCGUCGAAACAAUGAAGAAGCUUAUGAGCGACCCGGUCCGCUCCGAAAUGAUCGCAAAGAAUGCCGAGAAAGUCUUCACUCGUCGUUACUUCAGCGAUGCAGCACGCAGCUGCUACUGGCGUAGCGCCUUUCGAGGCUAUCGUAGUGUCAUGACCUUUGAGCCUGCAUACGACGGCUCAGAGGUCGACUACGAGUCUUUCAUGUUGAUGAAUGAAUUGGAGUGGCGUCCGCAUAAAUGA